GUGAGGCCUACACCGAUGAAGCGGAGCAGGAGGUUGUGUACGUCGAGAUGCCCGGCCUGUCUAGCACAGACGAAGACAGCAGCGAGGAUGAAGUUGAUUUCAAGAUGGCCUCCAAAAUUAAAUUCAGCCGGGAUCCCAUCAGGGUGUUCUUCACAUACUCCACGGACGACUAUGACCGCCGCAAUGAAGACGUCGACCCAGUGGCGGCGUCAGCGGGAGUAUGAGCUGGAGAAGAGGGUGGAGAAGAUGGAUGUCUUCCCAGUAGAACUUCAGAAAGGUUCUGAGGGACUGGGUCUCAGUAUUAUCGGUAUGGGCGUCGGCGCUGAUGCUGGCCUGGAGAAACUUGGCAUCUUCAUUAAGACCCUGACUGAAGGCGGCGCCGCUCAGAAAGACUCCAGAAUUCAAGUGAACGAUCAAAUCAUCGAGGUUGAUGGCAAGAGUCUUGUUGGGGUCACCCAGGCAUAUGCGGCAAAUGUUCUUCGGAAUACUCAAGGAACUGUCAAGUUUCUGAUUGGUCGAGAGAAGGAUCCGAGCAAGAGUGAGGUUGCCAGGUUGAUCCAGCAGUCUCUGGAACAGGACAAACGACGGGAGGAUCUACGGAGACAGGAACUGGAACGGCGGGCCAACGAGGAACGCAUUCGGAAGGAGGAGGAGAGGAUGAGGCUGAAGGAGGAGUUCACACCCAGAGAUGAGGUCCUGGAACACAAACUCAAGGAUCACGAGGAGAUGGAACGCCAACACAGUCACAUGUCAGAGUCAGAAAAGGGCAUUGUUGAGGACCAGGAAAAGGAGGCCACAUCAUUAGAUAUGGUAGAGGGAGCACCUGCUGCAGGGGAGGCAACUCCGAUGUCGAUGCCCUCGGGGAUGGACAGUGAUAUGAGUUCUCCAGAGGACGACUUUGAGAAGCCAACUGUGGAGGUGUUUGAGCUGCCUGACAGCAGCAGCGACUCUAUCUCACCAGACAUGGAGCCAGAGGCACUGUUCAUUAAAUUAAAAGAGUCUCAGUAUAAGAAUGCUGUUGCUGAUGCAGAAUUGGCCAAAUUGAGGGCAAAGAUGAUCCUGCUGGACAAGGCUGAAGCACAGAAGAAGCUACAGGAGAAGAAGUCGGAGGAACUGGCUCAGAAGCUGAAGGAGGGGGAGAAAUCCCAUGAAAACACCCGCAAGGAGCUGGCUCACUACCAGGAUCUGAUGGAGGGAUCACAGGGCCAGUAUAUCAUGCUGGAGAAGAAGAUGAAGUCAGAUUUCACAGCCUUGGAGAAGAAGUACCACAAGGCCAAGAAACUGAUCAAAGAUUACCAAAUCAGAGAGAAAGACUUCAUCCAGGAGAGGGAAUCUCUGAUACAACUGCAGUCGGAGAAGGAUCAGCAGUACAACGCUCUGGUCAAGUCACUCAAGGAUAGGAUAUUCCAGCUUGAGAAGGACCUGAUUGAGGCACAGAAGGCAGCUGGUCUGCCUGUAAACUUGUCAGGGGACACUACAAAGGAUAACGAAGAAUCGGAAUUCGUGAAGGCUGUCAUCACGUCCAACGGACUUGAAGACACCACAUCAAGUUUAUCGUCAGCCAAACAGUCGAGGGAUGACCUCUCGGAAAUAUCUACAGGGUCCGACCAUUCCAACUCAGAACCAGUCACAACGCCAGAUAUCCUCAAUGAUAUGGAGAAGUCGUCCCCCACCAAAUCAGAGUCUGCUCAGGAUCUGGGGUCAGUGCCCUCCACCCCUCUCCUCGACACCUCCGCCCACCGCGCCAAGGCGCAGCUGGCCAGUGGUAUGGGUGCCAGAAGGCCCCCAACCAAGAGGUCAAAGUCUUCUGAGAGUGACCAGGACACCAAUGAAACAGACAGUCUAAGACACGAGGGCAGUGAGAGCGGCUUGGAAACUUGGAUCAAGCAUGACAGCGACAGCACAGUCAGGAAAAGUGAUGCUAAAAAGCGUCGAGCAUUUCAGCCAAUCGAAGCAAUUCCUUCACCUCCGCUUCCCCGCUCUGCUCAUCCUCCUCCUCCGCCCAUUUCGUCUCAGGUGGCUCCCCCUGUGAAUGAGAGUGAUAAUAAUUCUGAACAAUCGUCACGGUCUAGGAGAGGGAGCCACUCUGAUAAUUCUUCAUCAGUUUCUCAGACAUCCUAUGAUCCAUCACAGCCUAAUUUUCGAAAUAUGGAUGGUGAGAUUCCAGACUUUUCGGGAGACAGUCAGUCAGGGGAGAUCACUGUGGUGUCUACCAAAUUUUCUGGAUCUAAAGGCUUUGGUUUUCCUAAAUUCUCGCUGAAGCCCAAGUCCUCCGGUGGGGGCAGUUCCAGCAGCAGUGGGGUUGUGCUGCUGUCUAACCGACCACGUGACAGUCCUGCCACCCCUGAUCAGGGGGGGAUAACUCUCAUUUCUAAAAAAAACCUAGAUACAGGCUUAUAUGAUUACGACGGUGGCAGCAGCUCAACCAGUGAAAUUUCGUCGUCGUUGAUGGUGUCUGAACUUGAAGAUGAGGGGAAGUCAAGCAGGUUCAACAUUUCAGGGACACCAGCCACAGGGGAGAUGGUUGCUCCCAAUAAACGUAACCAGAACCAGUUUGAGUCCGUGCCCCCGCUGGACUGGACAUCGGAGCAUGUGUGUCGCUGGCUCAUCCUGCUGGAACUGGACAAGUACAAUGAUGCCUUCCAGGACAGGAACAUCUCGGGACCACAGCUGCUGCAGAUGGAUGGUUCUAAACUCAAGAGUCUUGGGGUUACCAAUGGCAAAGAUCGUGAACUACUCAAGAAGAAGAUCAAGGAGCUUAAAGCUGCCAUUGAGAAAGAGAAGAAACAGCAGGAGAAGGAGAGGAAGGCACGAGAGAAGGAACAGAAGAAACAGAUGAAGAAGAAGUGAACACUUCAAGGCAGCUGUGAUUGGCUGAAAAGUGAAAUUGACACAUUUGAUUGGCCAAUAAAGUGAAAAGAACCAUUCCUCCUGUUUUUCGGAGAAUUAUGAGGAAUGUUGUGGAACCUGGUCACCUGACUGAAAUGGUGGACACAGAUGAUCGGUCUAGAGGAGAACCUGCAGCUAGGACUGACUAAAGUGUGUCACAAAUGUGAUUAUCAGUACAGUGAUAGUUCCCAUGUACAGUUGUGUAUGUACACACCAGCAUGCCUGUAAACCGGUCGUAUAGUACCGGACAUAUGGGAUGUGAUAAAACCCUUGAUGGGUUAUUUUAGUGAUCCACCCAUGACAAUGACUCUGGAGAGAAUGCUCCAGCUAGCCCUCAGCAACAAAUACCCUGAAGUGUGUACAGAUUGAGAGCUGCAUUGCAGAUAGGUCAAACCGAUCGCAGGAUUGUAUUUUUCCUGCGGCGAACUUGUAUCAUGAUCAUGCUGUGGUACGUUUGUCAACACAUCUCGACGAAUUUUACCCAUGCAAUAUACCAAUGUAUUAUAGAAUCUGUAUAAAAAGCAAAUUGUAUGAACAUGUAAAACAAAGUGAUUGUGUAACAUUAGAUCAUGAAACCACAUCAUUGAUUGAUUUCUAGAUAAUCCAUUCAUCUCAUAGGGGGAGCGCUGUUGUCAUUAUUUUUCACAUAUAUCGGUGUAAUACACAGCUAACGUCAAUGUCAAGGUGAAGGCCGAUCCACUCAGUUGCCAAACAAUCAUACACAGUGUCAGGAUUUUCAGGGAUGUACUAUUUCUGGUCACAUGACUGAAUUUACAAGUUGAUGAAACUGCUAAUAAUUGAGAUCCGCAUUUACAAGUGAAAUCAAUUGUACGCAAUCCUGUUUGAAAGAUGAUUGAUUGAUUGACCAGUCUGUGGUGCAACGUUUUACUGUUCAUAGUCGCGUCAAUUCCAGCCUUCUUCCCACGCCAUGGAGACCUGCUGUGAAAUAAAUGAAAUACUGUUUUUAAUUCGGCACAAGGCCUCAAUCAGUGUUAGAAGUACAGAAAGGACCCAAGCCUGUAUGCUAAUAGGAAAAUAUCUUCUUGAUCCUGACGAAAUGGAUACUUCGAUCAUGAAUAUAGUUUCAAUUUACCAUGGGAUAUGAAAAUACUUGGAGGAAAUCAGUGUAAUGUUAACCAGAUAUCCUUUCUACCUGAUGUGUUGCUUGAGUGAAGUACCUUGAGAAGUAUUCAUAUGUUACAAUUCAGUAUACUCAGUCUGUCUGUAAGAUAAUCAGAUCUAUAUAACUUAUCUUCGUAUUUUCUGUGUCAGGGUCACUUUAUCCAGGAUCCGGUGUAAUCAUGUUUUCAAAUAUAUUUCAUUCACUUUGUAACCUUUAACUUCUUAUUAACCUUGACCUGUAUUAAUAUCCUUGACCCUAUGUGGUGUAACCUUGACCCUAGGUGAUAUAACCUUGACUGAGGUAUGAAACUGUUUGUCUCAACUUGUGACCAUUAGUGACAGCCCGGUCUCAGAAUGUACAGUCAUAUUGAAAACAUAUUCAUGUGGUUUUUUUUCGUGUGACAAGAACGUUCAUGAUAAAACAUACCAAGGCAGGUUUUUGAGGUUAUCUUUACAUCAAAUAUAUAUGUAUAUCUUACAACCUUGAAGGUAUAAGUUCUCAUGCCAUGUGAACGUUUUAGAAGUGAUGACUUACGAAAAUGCUCAAACUUGAACAAUGCAUAAAGAUAUUCAUUUAGACCAGAACUUGAUAAGUGAGUGCUAUGAAACGGUUAAUAGUGUUGAGUUUUGGACAAGGGAGAUAAUCAAUUGUGAUGUAGAUAACAAUAUGCUCAAUAAAUUAGACAUUUUCAAGAGAGUGAUUUGCUCACAACUUCACGUUGUCUCGAUUGCGAUGUUCAAUUAUGUGUGUCACACCAGGGGAGACAACUUAGUGAAAUAUGUAUCUGUAAGAAGUUUUAUCCAGUCGUUGUUUUCAAAUACUAUUGACACAGAUAAAAGUGAAUUUAAGAUUGUGUUAUCCACUGUUUUUUACUUCCCCACACGUAAAUAAUCUGUUCAUGCCCAAUGAUGCAAUUCGGUACACUUACAUAUGAAACUGCACAAAGCUUGGUGUGUUAUUUCAAAUUUUAAAAGAUCACCAAACUACAGAUUAAAUCUUUUAUCUUCAACACUAGAAGGGGAGGUGGGGUAGCCUAGUGGUUAAAGCGUUGUCUCGUCACGCCGAAGAGCCGGGUUCGAAUCCCCACAUGGGCAAAAUGUGUGAAGCCCAUUUCUGGUGUCCCCCGCCAUGAUGUUGCUGGAAUAUUGCUAAAAGCGGCGUAAAAAAAAACUCAGUCAGUCAGUCAGUCAACACCAGAAACAGGCUUUGAUUGCACCUUGAGUUAUCUCCCUUGGUAUGCCACCAUAUUGUUUGUUGCUUCUGAUUGUUGUCUGUGUUGCUUGUUGAAGUCAACUGUUAUUAUUUACGUGUGUAUCCAUGUCGGUACUUUAUUUCCUGAACGAAAUUUUAAACAUGAUUUGUUCUUAUUCUCUAAGUUUUGUUCCAUUUAUGACAAAAGGGCCCCUAGAGCUUGAGUGACUAAAGGGAGUCAGUCUUGGGUGCAAGUCCCAGAGUGGGUCGUUCAUAGAUUACCAGUUCCACAAGAGCUGUAUGAACCAAAGAAGCUGUAAUUGCCUUGUUAAACUAAUGCAAUCAAUUUUCUACCAGACCAAGUGCUAAUAUUCAUGUUGUGAGACGAGAGGCUGCUCUGUCUGUAUUCUUCUGUUUAAUGGGAUUUGUUGGGUCAACUUCACAACUCUUCUUUAUAUGGCUUUGUGAUGACAAUGCAGGCACAUAGACGUCUUUAUAUUCAAAAUGGCUCAUUAUGUGUUCAAUAUACAUUAGAGUGCAUUAUUA